GUUGAAGGAUGAGGAUCAUCAUCGAGCAAGAACCGCUCGGUAUGGCUCAGGAUAUAGUGUCCGCCGCGAAUCUGCAGAGGUGGAGCGAGGUUGAUCCUCCGUCACAUUACAUCACCGAUUGCAGCUCGAUCGGGGAGCCGCCGAAGCACACCAAGUCCCCGUUCCCUCACGACCCUGAGCUCAACCACAAGAUCAUCCUCUGGUCCGGGGACAUUUCAUCGUUGCAGAUCGAUGCCAUUGUUAAUGCCACCAAUGAAUCGAUGACGGACAGCAAUCCGGUCAGCGAUCGGAUAUACGAGCGCGCUGGUCCCGGAUUAAAGGAGGAGAUCAGCCUCGAGGUCAGAGAAUGUCGGACAAGUGAGGUGAAGGUGACCCAAGGCCAUGCACUGCCAGCACGGUUCAUCGUGCACACCGUCGGCCCAAAGUACAACAUCAAGUAUCAAACUGCCGCAGAGAACUCUUUGCACACCUGCUACAGGAACGUUCUUCAAAAAACGAAAGAAUUGGGUCUACAUUCGAUAGCCAUUUGCGUUAUAAACUCAGUGAAAAGGAACUAUCCCCCGGAUGAAGGAGCCCACAUUGCUUUACGUACAGUGAGACGUUUCUUGGAGCACCACGGCAGUUCAUUAGACACUGUAGUGUUUUCGGUGCAGAACACGGAUUUGGGUAUCUAUGAGGUCCUUUUGCCAAUGUACUUCCCACGUUCCAAAUCCGAGGAAGACGCCGCCCGUUGGCAACUGCCGAACGAUGUCGGCGGCGCCGACGGAGAACCAUUGAUUCCCGACAGACAAAUCCGUAUUAUAGACAAUCCACAGCACAGUUUACAUCCCGAUGAGGAAUCGAUAGACUUAUCGAGCCAACUGGACUCCUCGGUCAGUGUCGGCGAUCAUGCCUUCAGUCAAAUGCAAGGCGAUCUCGACCAGCAAAGGCUGCUCGGCGAGAGAACAUACAAUGAUCCACUGGCUGAUAUUAUGGUGAAGGAAAUACAGCAUCAAGAGAGAUAUGAGCGAUUGCUGAGGAGGGCGAAAUCUGAGGAUCUAACCGAGGUGUCCGGUAUAGGAUGCCUUUACCAGAGCGGCGUGGACCGGCUCGGACGACCGGUCGUGAUCUUCGUGGGCAAAUGGUUCCCCUUUAACAAAAUCAACUUGGAUAAGGCUCUCCUCUACCUGAUCACCCUGCUGGAUCCAAUCGUGAGAGGCGAUUACGUGAUCGCCUAUUUCCACACGCUCACCUCCAACUCCAAUUACCCGUCUUUCUCGUGGCUGAAAGAGGUCUACAACAUUCUGCCCUACAAGUACAAAAAGAACCUGAAAGCCUUCUACAUCAUCCAUCCCACAUUUUGGACUAAGAUGAUGACUUGGUGGUUCACUACCUUCAUGGCUCCUGCGAUCAAGCAGAAAGUGCACAGCUUGCCCGGCGUUGAAUACCUGUACGCGGUGAUGUCUCCCGAUCA